GGCUGCGGCCGGAGAAAGCCCUGCCUUGCCCCAGUGAUCGCUGCUGCAGCGCGGGUUAGUGUUUGCAGGACACACACAGGAAGGGGCUGGAGCAGCUGGGAGCAGGGAGGAGCGAGGAGGAACUGGGGAGAACAAAGAACCGAGACCAGGUAUUGUUACAAGCUGCUGCUCUGCCUCCGUUGUGACUGGAAGCCCAGCAGGAGCAGCUGUUGAUUCCCCAGCUGGGGAGAGACCAGCAUUCAAGCUUCUUGCUUCUCCAGCUGAAGUGGGGGGAAGUUUCUCCAGCUGGAGCCAGCCCAUAGGGCAACCCUGGGCUCUGCAGACACCAAGCCUGAGCCGGAGACUCCAGCUUCCUGUGUUCCUAGCUGAGGUGAGGACUUUCUCCAGCUGUUGCUAGCCCCCUAAGACACCCCUACACUCUGCCAAUGUCAACGCCUGAGCCAGAAACUCCAGCAGGGUUUGCAAUUUCCAAAGCUGACAUGAUGUCCCAGCUGGAACGAGGAAAAGAGUCAUGGGUCCGAGAUCUCCAGGGAUCUGAGGAAAGAGAGAUGCUGAGAAGUGCCUUCACAGCAGGUGAUGGGAUAAUGGGUAAGAACGAGGAGCAGAGUCCUCACCAGAAAGAUGCUGAGCAAGUGGAAGCACGUGGAGCAUCAUCACGAAGGUCCAAAGGGAAUGUGUCCAGGAGCCAUGAGCAGGGUAAAGCCUGUGACAGGCAGCACAGGCCAGAGAGGCAGCAGGGAAACAAACCACAGGAGAAAGUUGGUAAAUCCAUUAAUUGUCAGGGAACUCAAAAGGACCUCAAGGAAAUCACCAGUCAGCAGAGAAUCCUCAAGGGGAAGAGAAAAAAUACAUGCAGUGAGUGUGGGAAAAACUUCAAUUACCGCUCAGGCCUUAUUAGACAUGAGAUAAUCCACACAAAAGAGAGACCCCAUGAGUGCUGUGAGUGUGGGAAAAGCUUCAAUCAGACCUCAGCCCUUAUUAGACAUCAGCGAAUACACAGAGGAGAGAGACCAUACAAAUGCCAUGAGUGUGGGAAAAACUUCCCUGACAGCUCAACCCUUAUUAAACAUCAGAGAAUCCACACUGGGGAGAGACCUUAUGGAUGCUAUGAGUGUGGGAAAAGCUUCACUCAGAGCUCAGCCCUUAUUACACAUAAGAGAAUCCACACUGGGGAAAGACACUAUAAAUGCUGUGAGUGCGGGAAAAGUUUCACUCAAAGCUCUGCCCUUAUUACACAUCAGAGACUUCACACUGGGGAAAAACCGUAUGAAUGUUGUGAGUGUGGGAAAAACUUCACUGACAGCUCAGCCCUUAUUAAACAUCAGAGAAUCCACACAAAGGAGAGACCCUAUGAGUGCUGCGAGUGCGGGAAAAGCUUUACUCAGAGCUCAGACCUUACUACCCAUCAGAGAAUCCACACAGGAGAGAGGCCCUAUGAGUGCUGUGAGUGUGGGAAAAGCUUCACUCAGGGCUCAGACCUUACUACACAUCAGAGAAUCCACACUGGGGAAAGCCCUUAUGAAUGCUGUGAGUGUGGGAAAGGCUUCACGCAGAGCUCAGCCCUUAUUACACAUCAGAGAAUCCACACGGGAGAGCGACCCUAUGAAUGUUGUGAGUGUGGGAAAAACUUCACUGACUGUUCAGCCCUUCUUAAACAUCAGAGAAUCCACACCGGGGAGAGACCCUAUGAAUGUUCUGAAUGCGGGAAAAGCUUCACUCAGAGCUCAGCCCUUAUUACACAUAAGAGACUUCACACAGGAGAGAGACCCUAUGUAUGUGCUGAGUGUGGGAAAAACUUCACUCGGAGCUCCGCCCUUAUCUAUCAUCAGAGAAUCCAUAAGGGAGACAAACACCAUAAAAACCUUGUCUAGGGAUGUCGAAAGAUUUUUUUUUUUUAGUUAAUACUUUUGCUAAUUGCCACUGUGACCUUUAAGGCUGUUUGCACGAUUUGCUUCACCAUCAUCUUUCAACUCUCCUAGGUGAGUUGCCCACUUUUGCCUUUUGCCACUCAUCCUUCUAUGGGGUGGAUUCUGUGGUCCUUUCUAUCAUCUCCAUUGUCCUAUGAGUCAUGGAAGUGUGUGUCCUUUACCAGA